AUGACCCACCCUUGGCCUAGUGCUGGAUUUUUUAUACACGGAGUAUUGGCUUUUGGUAUCUCACACAUAAUUUAUGCAACUGCUUAUGGAAUGAGACCACUUCGAUUGUUAAUGAUACCAUUCAUGUUAGCUCCAGUUAUUUUAUCAUGGGCAAUGUUUUCGUCAAUAUUGUAUAAACCAUUGUCUUACGUUAUUUAUCUGUAUAUACUUUUAACAAUGAUUAUGAUCUGGCGUGCAAUAGCAAGAUUAAAAUUUGACGAUAAAGAAUGGACAUGGACAAGAUUUUAUAGUUUUAUCGGUGGUCUUCUCUUUGCAACAUCUGAUUUACUAUUGGCUCUGGAUCGUUUUGUAACUCCCAUACCUGGUUCUCAAAUAUUGAUUAUGGCAACGUAUUACGGUGCUCAGUUAUUAAUCACUCUCUCGGUUGUUGAUAGUCGAGAAGAUAUUGAAAUUAAUUAUUGUGUCAUACAAGAAACCGACAUAAUUAAAGUUUUACAGGAACAAGGUAAACGGUUAUCACAAGUACAUACAGAUGAUAUUAUAGCUGUUCUAACUACAAAACGUCAAUUUCUACAUAAUACAUUAGCCAAUACUCAAUUAUUAACAUUACUCAUGGAGAAAAAAAUUCAAUUGGGGGCAAAUAUUGAUUCAUUAUUGAAUAAGACACACGUUUUUUUAUUUGUUAAUCAACAGGAACAACAAAAGCUAAAGAAAAUAACACACCGACGUCGGCGACAUACGAAAAAAGAUCAACCAGAUAACGAUACAACGUCGUCUUUAACAAAUUCUUCGUCGGAUACAGACAACGAGGCUAAACUGACAAAAAUAAGCUCGGAUGAAAUAGUAAUCAAUCGACGGCAUAAAAUCAAUACCGCACUCCGCAAAUAUAGCUCAGGAUUGAAUUAUUAUUGGCAUAUUUUAUUGGAUGAAGAUAGUCUUUACGUUGGAGCUCAAAAUCUUCUAUUGCGAUUGAGCAAGGAUAACAUUGAAGAUCGUUCGAGUCCACUUUACAAAUCUGUUGAUAUACCAUCGAAGCGUGAUGAAGUGCAAAAAUGUUUAUCACAUUCGUUGAAUCAGGCAUUUGAUUGUGAAAACCAUGUACGUGUUUUAUUGAGACGAAAAACAAAAUUCAAUGAUUUAUUUGUUUGUUCAACAAAUGCAUUUUCACCAAAAAUUUAUUAUUUUAAUCCCGAUUUAACUGAAAAACUUCCUACUAAAGAGGGUUUUGGUUAUUGUUCUCGUGAUCCUCGCCAUAACAAUACAGCGUUAUGGUCAGAUAGUGGUAAUCCGUCGAAUUAUGGGUUUAUCUAUUCUGGAGCUGUUAUGGAUUAUACCAAAACGGAGCCAAUUAUCUAUCGUCCACCGUCUGAAGAUAGCACAAUCAAAUAUAUGAGAACACCACAAUAUGAUAUUGAUUGGCUUAGUGCACCAGAAUUUAUUGCUUCGUUUGAUGUUGAUUCGUACAUCUACUUUUUUUUUCGUGAAAAAGCUGAAGAACAAAAAUCAUAUGAACCGACUUUAUCUCAUGUAUAUUCACGUGUUGGAAGAGUUUGUAAAAAUGAUAUUGGUUCGGCACCAAUCAUGGCAAAUUAUUGGACAUCAUUUCGUAAAGCAAGAAUAAUUUGUAUGAGUGGAACCUCAGAUACGCCAUAUGUAUUCAACGAUAUCAGUGCUGUUGCAAAAUUAUAUGAUGAUCGUUUUGUCGUUUCAUUCACAACUACACCUGGUGAUUUGACAACAUCAGUUAUAUGUGAAUAUACUCAGAAAGACAUCGACAGUGUCCUCGAAGGAACAUUCAAAGAAGCGGAUUCAUCCAGUUUUUGGCGUGAAUUACCACGAGAUCAUAUGCCAGAAGGCGUACCAAAAAAUGAUACUAAACAGUUGUAUGUAUCGACAGAUGCUGGUGUUUAUCAAUUACCCGUUGCCCAAUGUAACCGUUAUACUCUGUGUGUAGAAUGUGAACGUGAUCCAUUAUGUCAUUACGAUGUACAACAUAGUCGUUGUGCCGAAUCAGAUGACGGUCCAAAAUCUGCUGCUCGUCAUUCGCUUGAAUUAUGGUGUAAGAAAUCUGUUCAACGUCCGGUGUUUCAAUUAACACGUAAAAUAGGUGAAACUGUUUGGCUUCAAUGUGAUGUUAAUGAACAUCUACAUUCAAAUAUUGAAUGGCGUUGGAAUGGACAAAAUAUUCAAGAAUCAAUGUAUACUAAUUAUCUUCUAACAAAAGAACAAAAUUUGAUCAUAGCUGGUAUGAAUACAUCAUUAAAUGGACAAUAUACAUGUUUUGUGUUUAAUCAACCAAUUGUAUCCUAUACAUUAGACACUGAUCGAGAUUCCCCAAAUUUGUUUGCAUAUGGUUCAACUAGCAAUUCACUCAGUACCACCUUAUCAAAACGUGAUUGUACAUGUAUAACUGCGGAAAAAUAUAUUGAAAAAUACAAUGAUUGGUGUAAAGAAUUCGAAAAUUAUCAACGAGCUUAUAAUGAAUGGGAAAUAUUACGUGAUCAAAGUUGUCCAAAGCCUUGA